ACGAGACGCUGAUGUGCCACACACCCACUGACUGAGGAAGGCGUAGAUGAAACGCUAUCACCUCCCUCCUUUGAGCUGUCAGUUGACAGCGCAACACCGAGCCGGAAGCAUCGUAGGAAAUAACACAGAUUUGAUACACCGUAGAUUUUAGAUUUCUCCUCUUUGUCACUGCAAUAACAGUUGGGACACUAGCAUAUUUUGGGGCUGACCAACGAACGCGUAAGAAACAGAAAAUAUAAAAGGACUGACUAGCUUUCUAGUUUAGCAAGCUAUCGUUAGCUUUGGCCAGUGCAGCCGCUGCUCUGCAACAGCUAGCUAAGGACGGAGUGUGUAGUAGGCAGGCGAGCUCCGUUGGAAUCUAAAACCUAAGGCAAAUUGGAGUAUCUAGCUAAUACAGAAAAUACUACAGUUGUUUUUGAUUGCUCGCUAGCUAAAUGCAGAGUGUAGGUGAUCAUUGAGAGGCUACUCUCCCAGCUCCAUAACGAACUGUCACAGACUGGGUGAUAUCCAGCCAAUUGCCACUAAAGAUGGCUACAGCGAGCAGCAUUGCCGCAUCUAUUGCGAGCAAGACGAAGAAGAAACACUUCGUGGCUCAAAAAGUGAAGCUUUUCCGAGCCAGCGACCCUCUGCUCAGCGUCCUCAUGUGGGGAGUCAACCAUUCGAUCAAUGAGUUGAGCCAUGUUCAGAUCCCCAUCAUGUUGAUGCCUGAUGACUUCAAGGCCUACUCCAAGAUUAAGGUGGACAAUCACCUCUUCAACAAGGAGAACAUGCCGAGCCAUUUCAAGUUUAAGGAGUACUGUCCUCUGGUGUUCCGCAACCUCAGAGAGAGGUUUGGCAUCGAUGACCAGGAUUUCCAGAAUUCCCUGACCCGUGCGGCUCCGUUGAACAGUGAUGCUCAGGGUCGGACUGGCGCUCGCUUUCACACCACCUACGACAAACACUACGUCAUCAAAAUCAUCACCAGCGAGGAUGUGGCUGAGAUGCACAACAUCCUCAAGAAGUACCACCAGUUCAUAGUGGAGUGUCAUGGCAACACGCUGCUGCCUCAGUUCCUGGGGAUGUACCGCCUCACGGUGGACGGAGACGAGACCUACAUGAUCGUCACCAGGAACAUCUUCUCCCACCGCCUCCCCGUCUACAAAAAAUAUGAUCUGAAGGGCUCCACUGUGGCCAGGGAGGCCAGCGACAAGGAGAAGCAGCCACGCCCUCCUGAGGAUGCGCCCCCGCGGCCCAAAUCUAAUGUUCAGCAAAGGCUGCAAACGCUGCGGAUCGCCACGCGCUUUUACUGCGCCAUGAAACACGUAAGAGACGCCAAGGAGCUGCCCACCUACAAGGACAACGACUUCAUCAACGAUGGACAGAAGAUCUGCAUCGACGACGACAACAAGAAGAUGUUCCUGGAGAAGCUACGUAAAGACGUGGAGUUCCUGGCCCAGUUGAAGCUGAUGGACUACAGUCUGCUGGUGGGGAUCCAUGAUGUGGAGCGGGCUGAGCAGGAGGAGGUGGAGAGUGAGGAUAACGAGGGGGACGAUGAGGGGGAGAGUGACGGAGGGAUUGGCACUCCCCCUGACUCCCCCAGUAACACCCUGGACAGCACCAAGCCCCUGUCCCCUGGGGAGUUUGACCCCACCAUAGACGUCUAUGCCAUCAAGAGCAACGAUGGUGCUCCUAGGAAGGAGGUGUACUUCAUGGCGGUCAUUGAUAUUCUGCAGCAUUACGAUGCCAAGAAGAAGGCCGCUCACGCUGCCAAGACCGUCAAACACGGAGCGGGAGCGGAGAUCUCCACGGUGAACCCAGAGCAGUACUCCAAGAGGUUCUACGACUUCAUCACCACUAUUCUCUCAUAGCCCCCGGGAGUGGGGGGGGGGGGGGGGGGGGGGGGGGGGGGGGGCUGGCUGGCUGGCUGAGAGUGGAGGUGGUUUUUUUAUCUCUCUCUCCAUUUCUCCUUUAGCAGGGGUGUCCCUCUGCAGCUAAAACCAUCAUUUGUUUACAUUCAUCUUCUCUGUUGACUUGAUCUCUGUUACGCGGGACCAUAAGGUGUGAUCGGAGAAUAGGUGUAUCUUCUCUUUUGACUUGAUCUCUGUUACGCGGUGUUCUAGUCAGUACUUUUGUAUUUGUUUUGUGUACUUUGGGAAUCUAGUUUUUUUUACACCAUGUCCUCACCCUGCAUUGUUUGUUGCUCUGUAUUCCCCUUUGGGAGGGGGUGGGGUUAGAAUGAGGAAGAACAGGGCUCAGUGAUUGGAUAACAAUAGUGAGGUCACUCUCGGAGUAAAUAGUACAGGUAGAAGUAAACAAGAAGUGCACCUUGAGGCUAGUCCAAACCAUUCACUCGUCUUCAGGAAGUAGGAAGUAUUAGUCCAAUAGGCCAUCGGCCAGACCAUCCAAUUGCCAUUUAGCCCUGCCCAAGCCAAAGCUACCGUCCUAUCUGUCCCUUCAUCCAUCACUCCCUCCAUACGAGAGACGUUAGGAUAAGCUGCGUCUAGUAAGACUGGGAGAUGGUGUGUGUGUGUGUGUUGGUGGUAGUAGUGAGAGCGCUGGCUGGGUACAAGUUAAGAAUAGCGAGGAUGAAGAGAGGAGAAUAGCAGGGUACCUGGAAGGACGGCCAGAGAGGAGAAUAGCAGGGUACCUGGAAGGACGGACAGAGAGGAGAAUAGCAGGGUACCUGGAAGGACGGACAGAGAGGAGAAUAGCAGGGUACCUGGAAGGACGGACAGAGAGUAGACCAGAAAUGUCACGAGGUCUGACUCGUCCAACAGUUUCAUUCAGUUCCAUUAGGCUUUAGAGAUUUACGACAUCAUUGACUGAUCGGGUUUAUGUCAUUCUGGCAGGGUACCAGGAAAGGGUAUUAGGAAGUUGGUGUGUCUGACUUCCUGUGGGACAGGGCAGGGCGAUGGUAUGAUACCUCAUGGACCUUUGAACCUGAAUUGCCAUCAGCACCUUAAACAAAUUGUUGCACUUUUAUGUUAGAGAUAUGAUCUCUCGUUCUGUUACAUGCACCACAACAAAAGCACUGUUUGGAGUUAUCCAACUCAUGCCCAACAUGUCUGAUAGGGGUGUAGGAGGGACUAGAGGUGGGUUUGGGACCAGGCCUGAGUGUAGUGCGCAGCAGAGAACGAGGAGUGGUGCCUUCAGGACAGAUACAGACGGCCUAUUGUUUACCUCUGGUCUCGAACCAGCCUGAACCAGAGUCUUACCCACAUCUGUCUGUGUCAGGGGUCUCCAACCCCGGCCAUGGAGGAGUACUGAGUAUGCAGGCUUUAUUUACUCCUGUCCAGCACUAAUAUACCUGAUUCAGCUUGUUAUGGUCCAGACAGAAGACCUUAAUUAGUUGGUUAUUUGAUUCAGCUUAUUGUGGUCCAGACAAAAGACCUUGAUUAGUUAUUUGAAUUCGGUGUUACAGCAGGGCUGGAACAAAAGCCUUCACGACUAUUAGCGUUCCAGGACUGAGAUGGAGAGCCCUGAGACAGUCAAAGAUCUCUAUACAAGGUUCAGGCCUGAGUCGGCUGUGUGUCCGUGUUUCGUGAGAGGAAAGGAAAGGAAGGGGCUGGGUUGUAGGAAAAUCGACUUUUGUUAUUUAAGUGGUGAUGUCAUGCCAACCUGUCAGCCUCUCCUUUUAACCUUGUUGUCUGCCUGUUAUUCAGACUUUUGUUGCGUCGUUGUUGAAAGGUUGUUUUAUCUCAGAUUGAGUUUCGCCGGGUUUGAAUUGAGGUGGUACAUUUUUAUAUUUUGCACAGAUACUAAAAGUAACCAAAUGUUAUGCAUAUGAUCCUGACUGGGUGACGUGGUUUUAACAAGGGAAACGACUGGGUGACGUGGUUUUAACAAGGGAAACGACUGGGUGACGUGGUUUUAACAAGGGAAACGACUGGGUGACGUGGUUUUAACAAGGGAAACGACUGGGUGACGUGGUUUUAACAAGGGAAACGACUGGGUGAUGUGGUUUUAACAAGGGAAACGACUGGGUGAUGUGGUUUUAACAAGGGAAACGACUGGGUGACGUGGUUUUAACAAGGGAAACGACUGGGUGACGUGGUUUUAACAAGGGAAACGACUGGGUGACGUGGUUUUAACAAGGGAAACGACUGGGUGACGUGGUUUUAACAAGGGAAACGACUGGGUGACGUGGUUUUAACAAGGGAAAAGACUGGGUGACGUUUUAACAAGGGAAACGGCUGGGUGACGUGGUUUUAACAAGGGAAACGGCUGGGUGACGUGGUUUUAAUGGGUGACAUAAUAUCAUUAUACCUGUUCCAGAGAUAGAUAGAUAUAUCUCUAUAUAGCUCUGACUUGUACCAGAGAAGAAUCUGUCUGGUGUUGUACCUGUGAUGGGUAGCCUACUAAACCAGUGAAGUCAUCCUUCUCGACUGUUCUAACCCAAGAAAAAUAAAUAUAUAUUAUGGUUUGUUUUAGACGCAUAGAUUCUAUUCACAUAUAUUUUUACGUUGCAUUUUAGUCAUGAAAUAUAAUUGUAUUUUAAAGCAACACUGUUUGAGUUAAUGACAGUGUUGUGUUAUAUGAAGAAUGCUACUGCUUGUAUGUACUGUAAAAACAGAACCAAUACAUGUUGCAGGAACACACUUUCUCCCUCCUGUGUCUUGGCUGUUUAGAUCCAUUGUUACUCUCCUAGUCUUAAUAACCCCAUCAGGCUCUCCUUACCAAGCUUUAAACUGUCUUUUCAUCAUAUACACUGUGUAAGAGGUGUGCCUUUAUACUCCAAAUGAUUUCAUUUGUCUUUUUUAAUGUCUUUUGGUUUUUUUACAAAGGUCAAAUGUUAUUUUAACAGGGUUUUAUUUUCAGCGGUUUCCCUUCCUGUGUAGUAGGUGUUUUCAAUAUAUUAUUGUUGAG